AUGGAAUCAGAAGAGUGUUGUGAGGACGUGAAGACGGAAGCUUGUAGCGCCUCUGAUGGAGGAACAUCGAGCUAUGUGGAAGAUCUCGUCACUCCUGUGGACCAACAGAACGGCGAGCUCCUGAUAAAGACCGUAAAAGAAGAACCUGUAGAUGAAGACCUCAGUGAAGGAACCUCGAGCUUGGUGGGACGGCAGAACGGGGAAUUCCAGACGAAGCUUUUAAAAGAGGAGGAACGUUACAGUGAUGAGGAUUAUCUCUACUGUGAGGAGUGCAGAUCCUUCUACAUCAGUAAGUGUGAGCUUCACGGUCCGGCUCUCUUCAUCCCUGAUACCCCCGUCCCCAUGGGGGUGGUGGAUCGAGCCAGACGAACCCUUCCACCCGGUCUGGAGGUUCGUGAGUCCGGUAUUCCUGAUGCAGGUCUGGGAGUGUUUAAUGAGGGGGGAACGGUUCCGGUGGGUGCCCACUACGGCCCCUACCAGGGAGAGGUGGUGGAUAAAGAGGAAGCCAUGAAGAGCUGCUACUCCUGGGUGAUCCACAGGAAGAGUGGGUGUGAGCGGUACGUAGACGGCAGGUCGGAGCAGCACGGGAACUGGAUGAGGUACGUGAACUGUGCUCGUCACGCUGAGGAGCAGAACCUGGUGGCGUUCCAGUAUGGAGGAGGGAUUCUGUACCGGACCUGCCGACCCAUCCGGCAAGGACACGAGCUCUUGGUGUGGUACGACGAGGGUUACGCCAAACAUCUCCGAGUUACGUUUGAUGAUCUCUGGAACAAGAAGUGCUCCUCAGACGAUGUGAAGGAUGUUGGGGUUCAGAUCUUCUCCUGCUCCUCGUGUCCACGUUCCUACACGGCUCAGGUUUACCUCCACAAUCACAUCAAACGGAGCCACUACAGCGAAUACGUGAGGCUCCUGAAACCCAAAGACGUUAAAACCGGGGAUCUGGCGCCCGCCGAAAGCCCGGGUACGACCGCGCCUCACUCCGACGGGAGGCCGCACCACUGCUCACAGUGCGGCAAAAGCUUUUCCCACCAGUGCUCCUUCCAGAAGCACCAGCGCAUUCACACGGGAGAAAAACCCUACCAGUGUCCGUACUGCGGUAAGGGCUUCGCUCAGCACAACGCUCUGAAAGGGCACCAGCGCAUUCACACCGGGGAGAAGCCGUACCAGUGCCCUCACUGCGAUAAGAGCUUCACUCAGAAGUUUAACCUGCAGGCGCACCAGCGCGUUCACACGGGGGAGAAGCCCUACUACUGCUCUCACUGCGGGAAGAGCUUCGCUCAGUACAGCACUCUCGUAGCGCACCAGCGCAUUCACACGGGAGAGAAGCCCUACCAGUGCUCGCAGUGCGGCAAGGGUUUCGUUCAGUACAACACGCUGAAGGCGCACCAGCACGUUCACACCGGCGAGAGGCCGCACCGGUGCGCCGAGUGCGGCAAGAGCUUCGCCCUCCACAACGCCCUCAAGAGGCACCAGCGCAUUCAUCUGGGAGAGAAGCCGUAUGGGUGCUCGGAGUGUGGGAAGUGUUUCAAUCAGCUGGGCACCCUCAAACUGCACCAUCGUACCCACACCGGAGAGAAACCCUACCACUGCCUACAGUGCGGCAAGAGCUUCCCCUUCUCCAACGCCUUCAAGAGACACAGCUGUACCAAAACCUAUCCAGCUGGUGGCGGCAGUGCAGCAGUUCACUGUUACAUUAACAACCAGUAUAAUCCACGUUGUAAGGAUGUGCAGACUGAAGGUUGUAACACCUCUGAUGGAGGAACAUCGAGCUGUGUGAAAGAUCUCAUCACCCCUGUGGACCAAGAGAACAGAGAGUCCCUGGUGAAGCCUCUAAAAGAAGAACCUGUAGAUGAAGACCUCAGUGGAGAAACUUUGAGCUCGGUGGAACAUCACGUCAUCCUCGUGGACCAGCAGAACAGAGAAGUCCAGGAGAAGUCUUUAAAAGAUGAAGAACCUCAUGAUGAAGAUUAUCUCUACUGUGAGGAGUGCAGAUCCUUCUACAUCAGUAAGUGUGAGCUUCACGGUCCGGCUCUCUUCAUCCCUGAUACCCCCGGCCCCAUGGGGGUGGUGGAUCGAGCCAGACGAACCCUUCCACCCGGUCUGGAGGUUCGUGAGUCCGGUAUUCCUGAUGCAGGUCUGGGAGUGUUUAAUGAGGGGGGAACGGUUCCGGUGGGUGCACACUACGGCCCCUACCAGGGAGAGGUGGUGGAUAAAGAGGAAGCCAUGAAGAGCUGCUACUCCUGGGUGAUCCACAGGAAAAGUCGGUGUGAGCGGUACGUAGACGGCAGGUCGGAGCAGCACGGGAACUGGAUGAGGUACGUGAACUGCGCUCGUCACGCUGAGGAGCAGAACCUGGUGGCGUUCCAGUAUGGAGGAGGGAUUCUGUACCGGACCUGCCGACCCAUCCGGCCAGGACACGAGCUCUUGGUGUGGUACAAAGUGGAGCACGACAAAGAUCUAUGCAUCACGUUCGACAACCUGUGGAACAAGAAGUGCUCCUCAGACGGUGAAGAUAUGAAUACUGCCCGACAGGACGUGUUCUCCUGCCCCUCGUGUCCACUCACCUUCUCAGUCCAGAUUUACCUUCACAACCACAUGAAGAGGUGCCACUAUGAGGAGUACGCCAGACUGCUGAAGUCUGGAGAGAUCAUAGACGAGAACCUGAGGCCCACGAGGAGCUCCGGCAGCCAGCAGAUGCCCCCGGGUCCCGAAAACACGCCGAGGAAAAUGCACUGCUGCUCCGACUGCGGGAGGAGCUUUAACAGGAAAAGGAAUCUUGAGCAUCACCAGCGCAUUCACACAGGAGAGAAGCCGUAUCCGUGCUCGGACUGCGGGAGGAGAUUCAGAGAGAAGGGUUCUCUUCAGAGACACCAGCGCAUUCACACCGGAGAGAAGCCGCAUCACUGCUCGCACUGCGGAAAAAACUUCUCCAACAAGACACACCUGAAAGAUCACCAGCGCAUUCACACGGGAGAGAAGCCGUAUCGGUGCGGACACUGCACCAAGAGUUUUACCCAGCAGAGCGACCUCCAGAGGCACCAGCGCAUUCACACGGGGGUCAAGCCGUACCACUGCUCGCAAUGCGGCAAAAAUUUCACUCAGAAAGGCAAUCUCCAAAAGCACCAGCGCAUUCACACCGGAGAGAGGCCGUACUACUGCUCGCAGUGCGGGAAAAGCUUCACCAGGCAGAAUUAUCUGGAGCGGCACCAGCUCAUUCACACGGGGGAGAAGCCGUACCAGUGUAAACAGUGUGGGAGGAUUUUCAAUCAACUGAGCACGCUCCAAAAACACCAGCAACUUCACACGGGGGAGAGGCCGUACCAGUGCUCCGAGUGUGGGAGAAACUUCAGUCAGAAGUGUAACCUACAGCAGCACCAGCGCAUUCACACAAGAGAGACAGUGCUAGUGCUCACAGUGUGAGGAACACUGAAUGACACUUCCGCUUCAGAUACCGUCUUUACGACCACUAUUUAUGAGUUUGUAUUUAGAAAUAUUAAACUAAGUAAAACGUGGUGCUCCACAAGGCUCUGUUUUAA